AUGUGGGCCUGGGAUUCGUCUCUCUCUAGCUUCAGCUUGUGGUUUGUUUGGUUUCCAGAUAAACUGAUUGUGAUCAGAGAGAGUCUGACGUGGGCUGAAGCUCUGAGAUACUGCAGACAGAAUCAUGUGGAUCUGGUCUCGGUUCAUUCAGAAGAGAUUCAGCGUGAUGUGAUGAACGUGGUUAAACGGGCGUCUACUGCGGCGGUGUGGUUGGGUUUACACAACUACUGCAUCAUGAACAUGUGGCUCUGGCUGAGUGGAGAGAUCGUGUGCUAUCAGAACUGGGCUCCAGGGAACGGAACGACUCCAGAAAACUCCAAACUCGAGAAGAGAAAAGGAGCAGUUCAGUCUGGAGGAGAUCAGUGCUGGAUCAGCCUUCCUCAAUCUCACAAACUCAACUUCAUCUGCAGCAGAUAUUAAGAGCUAACUUACAUUCACGCUUUUCAUGGGCUACUUCAUUAUUUUUCUGGUUUACUUUUAUGUUUAAAUUGUUAUUUAGUAAGUUCUGAGUGAAUCUGCUUAUUGGGUUUUAAAAGUAACCAGAAGUCUGUUUUAUUUCUGCAUUAUGAAAUAUGUGUCUUAAGAAAUUCUUUGUAUAUCUGGUUUGGUUAUAACUAUGUUUUGCACUUAUCAUAUCUUUUGAACACAAUCACAGAACAUCAGCUCAAAUAAACUCAUCUAAAGCCAGUACUGUCUCCUAUUUCCUGAUUUCCCCUCAACGUCACAUUAAACUGAAUUAUAUGUGGGCCUGGGAUUCGGUAACAUUUGAACUUGAAAUAUAUUUUUUCAACUACAUUCAUUUUCUAAAUACCCCACAUCAUUAGGC